AACCAGAUGGGGUUAAGGUGCCCCCUCAGAUGGGGUGGUCUGAAGAAGCCAAGGAUGUGGGGGGGUGGCAGGCACCCUUUAGGUGGAGGCUAUCUGUUUUUUUGGUAGAAAUGAAGGGGUGGGUCUAUGGUACAUCACCUGAGUUGUGGGGUAAAUGUAGAGAGUGUCAAUCAAAGGCAGAGCUCAGAGCUGGGAAGGAGCUCUAGAUGGCGGCUGUGCCUUAGAGAGAGCGCGCUGAGCUCCGUGCCUUCCCAACACUUUACGCAACUUUCCCUAACUUUCGGGCAGCCUCAGGGGGCCCCCACAGCCCCUUGCCUGUCCUAGGCACCGAUCGGGAGGCAAUUGAGGCUUUUUCGGGCAGAAAAGCAGUUUUUGAGGGCUCUCUUUUCGUGCCUUGCUGGAAAGAAGAAGCCGUGGAGAGAGCCCAGGUCGUUGUUUUUCCAGCUCUAGAAGCCAUGGCGUACCUCCAUUUUUGUGCGCUCUCCUAAUGAGCUUUUCCCCGGGACAUUUUUUCUACUAAUUAUCGCUGUUUUUGCUUUAACAGCAGUAUAUUUUUGGAAAUUAGGCUCUAUUUAUUUUUUAUUCUCUAAAACUAUACAGUUGGCGUUUAACCUCUUAAUAUUUUGGAUCUAAUGUUUUUCCACUACCCGAAACUAAUAUCGGCUUGGUCCUGGCGGUGGUGCGUGAAUCAGUAAAUACCUGGGCACAGGACAUCAAAGCAAACACAGAUACCCUACACCCCCCUUAGUAUUUAAGAAUUAAAAGAUGAUGAGAAAUGAGGACAAAAGCCAAGGAGAGGAGGGUUCCGUACACAGCAAUGCAUCGAGUCACUCAGCAUCCGAAGAGGCCUCUGGCUCUGACUCUGCAAGCCAAUCUGAAAGUGAGCAGGGGAGCGAACAAGGCAGUGAGCAUGGCAGUGAGUCAAACAGCAGCUCCGAGUCCUCUGAAAGCCAGUCUGAAUCUGGAAGUGAGUCAACAGGUUCGAAAUCCCAGCAGAUUCCACCUGAAACCAAAGAAAAACCAGCCAGCAAGAAGGAAAGGAUAGCAGAUGUAAAAAAGAUGUGGGAAGAGUAUCCUGAUGUUUAUGGGGUUAGGAGAUCAAACCGAAGCAGACAAGAACCAUCGCGAUUUAAUAUAAAAGAAGAGGCAAGUAGUGAAUCUGAAAAUGAGAGCCCAAAACGAAGAGGCCAGAAGCAAAUGAGAAAACCAGGUAAAUGGAAAAGGCAGACUUCUGGGGAAGAAGAGGAUGGUGGAGAGGAACAAGGCACCAGUGCUGACAGUGAACCAGAACAGAAGAAAGUUAAAGCCAGGAGACCAGUCUUGAGAAGAGCAGUGGUCAAAGCCAGUGUUAAAAAGCCCCACAAGCCCCAGCGUGGUAAGAGGAGAAAGAAACAAGACUCAUCUGAAGAUGAUGAUGAUGAUGAAGAUGAUGAGACUCCCAAAAGGCAAACCCGGCGCAGAGCAGCCAAAAAUGUCAGUUACAAAGAAGAUGAUGAUUUUGAGACUGAUUCUGAUGACCUGAUCGAGAUGACCGGGGAAGGGGUUGAUGAACAGCAGGACAACAGCGAGACCAUUGAGAAAGUCCUGGAUGGCAGGGUUGGAAAGAAAGGAGCCACUGGUGCGUCUACCACUGUGUAUGAGACUGAAGCCAACGGCAAUCCCAGCGCUGACUUCGACCCUGAAAAGGAUGAGGGAGAGGUUCAAUACUUGAUCAAGUGGAAGAGCUGGUCUUAUAUUCACAGCACAUGGGAGAGCGAAGAGUCUCUGCAGCAGCAAAAGGUGAAAGGCCUGAAAAAACUAGAGAACUUCAAGAAAAAAGAGGAUGAAAUCAAACAAUGGCUAGGCAAGGUAUCUCCUGAAGAUGUGGAAUACUUCAAUUGCCAACAGGAGCUUGCUUCUGAGUUGAACAAACAGUUUCAGAUAGUGGUCCAGGCUGAGAUUGAUGCUGUGAAGACCAACAAGUCUUCAAUGGGACAUUCUGACUUCCCAGCUCACAGUCGGAAAUUGUCCUCUAAUGAGCCCGAAUAUCUGUGCAAGUGGAUGGGACUGCCGUAUGCAGACUGCAGCUGGGAAGACGAAGCUCUGAUUAGCAAGAAGUUUCAACAUUGCAUUGACAGCUUCAACAAUCGCAACAACUCCAAAACCAUUCCCACGCGGGACUGCAAGGUAUUGAAGCAGAGACCCAGGUUUGUGGCUUUGAAGAAACAACCUUCUUACAUUGGUGGUGAGAACCUGGAACUCCGUGAUUACCAGCUGGAGGGGCUUAACUGGCUUGCUCACUCAUGGUGCAAGAACAACAGCGUGAUCUUGGCUGAUGAAAUGGGCUUGGGGAAGACUAUCCAGACAAUAUCAUUCCUCUCCUAUCUCUUCUAUCAACAUCAGCUGUACGGCCCCUUUCUGAUAGUGGUGCCCUUGUCUACUCUGACUUCGUGGCAGAGAGAGUUUGAAAUCUGGGCACCAGAGAUUAAUGUGGUCGUUUACAUCGGGGACAUGAUGAGCAGAAACACGAUCCGUGAAUAUGAGUGGAUCCAUUCUCAGACGAAAAGGCUGAAGUUCAAUGCACUUAUUACAACAUAUGAGAUCCUCCUCAAAGACAAGACUGUUCUGGGCAGCAUUAAUUGGGCCUUUUUGGGUGUGGACGAAGCCCAUAGGUUGAAGAAUGAUGACUCUUUGCUGUAUAAAACGCUGACUGAUUUCAAGUCCAACCACAGACUACUGAUCACUGGGACCCCACUUCAGAAUUCUCUCAAAGAGCUCUGGUCACUGCUGCACUUUAUCAUGCCAGAGAAGUUUGAAUUCUGGGAAGAUUUUGAAGAGGAUCAUGGGAAAGGGAGAGAGAAUGGCUACCAGAGCCUUCACAAAGUCCUGGAGCCUUUCCUUCUGCGGAGGGUGAAGAAGGAUGUGGAGAAAUCCCUCCCGGCCAAGGUGGAACAGAUUCUCCGGGUGGAAAUGUCUGCCCUGCAGAAGCAGUAUUAUAAGUGGAUUUUGACAAGAAACUACAAGGCUCUCUCGAAGGGGACCAGAGGAAGCACGUCUGGCUUCCUUAACAUUGUGAUGGAGCUGAAAAAGUGCUGCAACCAUUGUUAUCUCAUUAAACCUCCGGAAGAAAAUGAAAGGGAGACUGGCGCGGAGAUGCUGAUGUCUCUAAUCAGGAGCAGUGGAAAGCUAAUUCUCUUGGACAAGCUGCUGACCAGGCUGCGGGAGAGGGGUAACCGAGUCCUGAUCUUCUCCCAGAUGGUGAGAAUGCUGGACAUCCUGGCGGAAUACUUGGCUAUCAAGCACUAUCCUUUCCAGCGCUUGGACGGCUCGAUCAAAGGGGAGAUCCGAAAGCAAGCACUGGAUCACUUCAACGCUGAUGGCUCUGAGGACUUCUGUUUCCUGUUGUCGACACGAGCUGGCGGACUGGGGAUUAACCUGGCUUCUGCAGACACGGUGGUUAUCUUUGACUCGGACUGGAACCCCCAGAAUGACUUGCAGGCUCAGGCUCGGGCUCACAGAAUUGGACAGAAGAAGCAGGUGAACAUUUAUCGCUUAGUCACAAAGGGGACAGUGGAAGAAGAGAUCAUUGAGAGGGCCAAGAAAAAGAUGGUGUUGGAUCAUCUGGUGAUCCAGCGUAUGGACACCACAGGCCGUACUGUGCUGGAUAACAACUCUGGGAGAUCCAACUCAAAUCCUUUCAACAAAGAGGAGCUGACAGCAAUUCUGAAGUUUGGCGCUGAGGAUCUGUUCAAGGAGAUUGAAGGGGAAGAAGCUGAACCUCAGGAAAUGGAUAUCGAUGAGAUUUUACGCCUGGCUGAAACCCGGGAGAACGAAGUGUCCUCGAGCGCUACAGAUGAGCUGCUGUCGCAAUUCAAGGUGGCCAAUUUUGCAACCAUGGAGGAAGAAGAGACUGAGCUGGAAGAGAGGUCUCAGAGGGACUGGGAUGAUAUUAUUCCAGAAGAGCAAAGAAAGAAAGUGGAGGAAGAGGAACGACAGAAGGAAUUGGAGGAAAUCUAUAUGCUGCCCAGGAUCCGCAGCUCCACGAAAAAGGCUCAGGCAAAUGACAGCGAUUCGGAUGCAGAAUCAAAGAGAAGGAUCCAGAGGUCGUCUGGGUCGGAGAGCGAGACGGACGAUACUGACGACGAUAAAAGGCCGAAGCGCAGGGGGCGUCCACGGAGCGUCAGGAAAGACACGGUGGAAGGAUUCACUGAUGCUGAAAUCAGGAGGUUUAUCAAGGCUUAUAAGAAGUUUGGGCUUCCACUCGAACGGCUGGAGUGCAUUGCUCGCGAUGCUGAGCUGGUGGACAAGUCCAUAGCGGAUCUGAAGCGUCUAGGGGAACUUAUUCACAACAGCUGUGUGUCGGCAAUGCAGGAAUACGAGGAGCAGCUGAAAGAAAACCCAGGAGACGGAAAGGGACCUGGGAAAAGGAGGGGUCCGACCCUGAAGAUCUCUGGUGUCCAAGUCAACGUGAAAUCCAUCAUCCAGCACGAAGAGGAGUUCGAAAUGCUGCACAAAUCCAUUCCCACGGACCCAGAGGAGAAGAGGAAGUACUGCCUGACUUGCCGGGUCAAAGCUGCUCAUUUCGAUGUAGACUGGGGAGUGGAGGAGGAUUCUCGUUUAUUGCUGGGCAUUUAUGAGCAUGGCUAUGGAAACUGGGAGCUAAUUAAAUCAGAUCCAGAACUGAAGCUAACUGAUAAGAUCCUACCUGUUGAGACAGAUAAGAAACCGCAGGGGAAGCAGCUCCAGACUCGUGUUGAUUAUCUACUGAAAUUGCUGAAGAAAGAGCUGGAGAAGAAGGAAAAUGUGAAUGAUGGGGAAGAGGCCAAACUGAAGAAGAGGAAACCACGUGUGAAGAAAGAGAACAAAGCUCCCAAAGUCAAAGAUGAGCAUGGAAAUGAACUGUCCUCUCCUCGGCACUCAGACAACCCGUCGGAAGAGGGAGAAGUCAAGGAGGAUGGCUUGGAAAAAAGCCCGGUGAAAAAGAAACAGAAGAAGAAAGAAAACAAAGAGAACAAGGAAAAACAGUCAACCACAAAGAAGGAAAAAGAAGGCGAUAAAGAGAAAAAGAAAAAGGAAAAGAAAGAGAAGCCCAAAAGUGAGACCAAGUCUGGCAGCAAAGGGAAGCGAUCUCAAGGUCCUGUCCACAUUACAGCUGGGAGCGAGCCCAUCCCCAUUGGGGAAGACGAGGAUGAUGACCUGGACCAGGAAACGUUCAGCAUAUGCAAAGAGAGGAUGAGGCCAGUGAAAAAGGCGCUGAAGCAACUUGACAAGCCAGAUAAGGGACUGACAGUGCAAGAACAGCUGGAGCACACUCGUAACUGCCUCCUGAAAAUUGGAGAUCGCAUCUCAGAGUGCCUUAAAGCCUACUCUGACCAGGAGCACAUCAAGCUGUGGAGAAGGAACCUGUGGAUAUUUGUGUCCAAGUUCACAGAAUUUGAUGCCAGAAAAUUGCACAAACUCUACAAAAUGGCUCACAAAAAAAGAUCCCAGGAAGAGGAGGAGCAGAAAAAGAAGGAGGACAUGGCUGGCAGCAAAAGGCCAUUCCGCCUAGAGCCUUCUGGCUCCAGCCGGGAUUCCCUCAUGUCUCAGUCUCACCUGCCUCCCAACCCCCAUUCUCAGAAACUCCACCUGCCCCCCUCUCACCCUCAGCAGAUGCAUGGGCACCCGCGGGACAACUACAACCACCCUAACAAGAGGCACUUCAGUAAUGCAGAUCGAGGAGACUGGCAGAGAGAUCGGAAAUUUAACUAUGGGGGCAACAGCGCCCAGGUGUGGGGUGGAGAACGGCAUCACCAGUAUGAGCAGCACUGGUACAAGGAUCACCACUAUGGGGAGCGUCGGUCUCGUGGCGACCCCCACCGAAGCUCCGGGAACUACCGACCAAAUAACCUCUCCCGCAAGAGGCCGUAUGAGCAGUACAACAGUGACCGAGACCACAGGGGACACAGAGAUUAUUACGACAGACACCAUCACGAUUCCAAGCGGCGAAGAUCCGAUGAGUUCAGGCCCCAGAAUUACCACCAGCAGGAUUUCAGACGAAUGUCUGAUCACAGACCACCUAUGGGAUACCACGGUCAGGGACCUUCAGACCAUUACCGGUCCUUCCAUACAGACAAAUUGGGGGAUUACAAACAGCCGCUUCCCCCUCCUCAUUCCCAAGUCUCGGACCCUCGCUCGCCCCCGUCUCAAAAAUCCCCUCAUGAUUCCAAGUCACCCCUGGAUCACAGGUCGCCCCUGGAUAGGUCGUUAGAACAGAAAAACAAUCCAGAUUAUAACUGGAACAUUCGGAAAACAUAAAGUGGCUGGGACAGGAGAGGAGGGAGAAUGCAUCUGAAAUACUUGGGCUGAUGCAACAGCGGCUGCUUUUCCAACCCAGUAACCGGAGACUCUGAACAUUCUGAACAUGCUGCUAUCGUCUUGCUGGGUGAAGGAGGAUUUGGGGGAGUGGGCAGGGCUCUCCCCAGCUGUUAGUUCUGGCCUGGAUUCCUUUUUCACAGCCGCCUUCUCCAGUCUACCAUUGGAACUGGAUCCAUUGCCCACUGGGAGUGGGGGGGUGGGAACAGGCAUCAUUCUUUGCUUUAGUUUUGUUUUUCAUUGAAGGCGGCACCUCACAGACUCUUGUGAUGAGUUCACCGCUGCGGAGCUCUCCCCAGAACCAAGAACGUGGAUUGAUGCUGCUUAAGACGUUGCAGACAGCUGUGUGCACCCAGUCUGACGUGACGUGACAUGACAGAUGCUGCUGUGGGGUGGGCAUACCCCAGUCAGGCUGGGCUUUGUGUGUAACCAGAGUGGGGGUGGGAUGCAUUCGGGGGUGGGAAGGAGGUCACUCUUGGAGUCAGUGACUGACCCUGCUCUUAUCAUGGGUGUUGGAAGGAGGAACUCGGGGCCCUCUCCAGAGUGACUCAGAACGGUGGGAGUGAGAAUCCAUCACUUCCUGGCCCCUGUGGCCCUUUCUCAUGUCUUUAUCCAUUUCAAGGGACUGGCUUGGCUUUGUGCACUGGUACCCGUCCUCUGCAACAGCUCGGGGCUGGAGCUUGGACAUCUUAAACCAGGUGGGGGUCGUGACAGUAGAGGGAAGGGACAGAAUCCCUUAGCAGAGCCUUCAUUCACCCCUUAAGCCAGCGAGAAGGGAAGAAAUGGGAGCAGUGACAGUAUUUCCCAGUGGGCGGGGCUCAGGCAUCCAUAACCCAAACCCUCUGGCCCCAUUUCUCUCUUGUCACUGGUAGUCAGGCUGCUCAGGCCCUGACGCAGCACAUCGUGCCUGGAAGCGGAACGGUUUGCGGAGGCGGAAUAGCUCUGGGGGUCGGGGUUCUGACUUCCCUUCAGCUGCUGACUUGCUCUGACCUUGGGGCACAUCGCUGCACCUGGAGAACGGGGGUGCCCGUCUUAACUCCUCUUGUCAGACAUUGGGAAAUGGAAGGGUCAGGCACUCUGGGCUGAGCUUGGCGCCAGGCAGAGCUACACGUGGAUGCACUUGGCUGCCUGGAGUGUUCCGAGCAGGGACAGACCUGCCAGCGUUCCAGGCAUCUGCGCUCGCUCCGAGGCGCAGAAAAUAGCUGCGUUGAAUGAACUUCUGUAUCUUCGAAUCAGGAGCUUGUAUAAGCACUCAGCCCGUAGAUUUCUGGGGAGCCAAGGCCCAAGCGACUCCUAAACUCUCAGUGUUUGAACGUCUGGGAGCUGUCCCCCUAGUCAGUAGAUGUCUAAGAAGCCCAAGAAGGGAGAGGGGAGUUGAAUGAUUUGCAGCUCAAAUGCAUAGCGAUCACUGCAAACAUUCUUUAAAGGGUUAGGGUCAUGGGGCAGCAUGAAGGAGUAACCUCCAGCAGGGAGGGAUUUCUCAGAACACUCCCAGUGAGUCAGGGGCAGCCAAAGCAGAGCCGGCUGGUCAAAUGUAAGGCAGGAGAGAUUCUGAACUUCAGCUCCAUCGUCAUUAAUAUGGAGUCAAGGCCCAUGGAGGCUGGAGGUCCCUAGUGCCAGGCUUUUCCUUGUUGCAAGCAGCCAGGCCGUGCAGAUUAAACUGGAACAUUUCAGGCUGGGACCUGUAGUCUGUGCGAACGGCAGCUGCAUCCCGAAGAUGAGGCCUGUGGCCAGCUGCUCAAUAUAAUGUAAAUGGUGCAGCCCCGGGAUCUUGGAGAGGUGGCAGGGUGACCUUUGCUUGGACAAAAUGGGAACACUCCUCCCUUUAAAGGCCGGAGGAGAGGGCGAGGUUUAAUUCGCUGCCUGUCUUUUACUGGUAAGUUGCCUUGAAUCUGCAGUGUCCAGAGUAAGGACUAGAAUGGCCCAAGGAGAAAAUUUCCAUAUGGCGCUUGUAGAGCUGAAGAGCUAUUUCCUGCUCUGUCUUCCUUGACUUCAUGGAUGAAUGUAGGUCGCAAUUAGUGCUGGAGACCCCUGGGGUAGUGCUUGAGACAGGACUAUACCUGUUUGGGGGGAGGGAGGGAGCGUAAAGGCAGGUUUUGCUGCAUUUGGGUCGUUAAGGCGAAGGUGUUAACUCUUCUCUUGGCUGUUUGGAAGAUACCUCACAAAUCAACACUAAUAACAUUCAUGCUUCCUGUCCGCUUGAGGCUGACUGGAGUGAGACCCUCAAAUCUGAUGUGAUCAUUGUAUGCUUGAUCCAUUCUGAGCCCAUUGUUUUUAUUAGGUUAUCCCUUGUCCCAUUAGAUCAUUCACAACCCACCACGAUUUGCUGCAAGUGGGAACAAAAGCAUGAUUCCAGGUGACUGACAAUCUGUGCACAAAAGCAUGUAUACCCAGCUGGGAGGCUAUCACCUGCUCUUUCACCCCAUUAAUGUAACCCCAUCAGUGCCAAGGGCCAUGCAGAGCAUGACCUUUAUAAGGGGUCUGGCUGGGUAGCCCACUGUGGUUGUAUGUCCUGUCAGUGGCACCCAGAGGCAUCUCAGAACUAAGCCUAAAGAGAAUUUUGGAGGCUAGUGAAGUCUCUCUCUUUGGAGGCAUGGGAAAUGUGCUUCCCAUUCUUUGAGUUUUCCACAAAACUGAACAGACGCAAAAUGGCUUUGCUUGCUACCAGGGAACUAGGAGCAUGGAUUGGUGCCUCUUCCAAGCAAACCAAGAAUUUCUCUGCAGUAGACAGAAGGGAAGAGGGGACUAGCUCUCAUGUCUUUUCCCCCGUUAGAGUGGAGGGUAGAUAUAGUGUCUUUUCCCGGCAUGUUUUCACUAAGCUGUGAUGACAAGUGGACAUGGUGUUCACAAUGGGUCCUUUCUUUUCAAAUAGAGGUGUGUUGGCUUAUAAUGUGAAUACUAAAUUGACCUUCUUGCCAGGUGAAGCAAAGAGAUUUAAGUUGUUUUCAGUUCCCAUUCAUGAAAUCCUAACAUGGUGUUACGUGCCAUAAAGUAGUAGCAAAAGGCAGUACUGGCCAGACCAGUGUUAAGGUUGGUGCAAAGCAACCAUAAACCCAAUGGGGAGGGGUUUGUUGCAUCCAGAUUGAGGAGCUUGGCCCUCAGGGGUUCCAGUCAGUUUGAAAAGUAUUUUGGUUUUUCUUCUUUACACAGAAGGAAACAAAAUUCAAAUGUGAAAGCUUUGUCCACAUCCUUUUAAGAGUUGCACUUGGGAAGUCCUUCAUGUAGGCCUAACGCUAAAGUAUGGAUUAUUUUGAGUUCUGCUGUGGUGGGUGGAUUUAACUGUCUUUGGUUUUACAGAAGCUGGGGAAAUCAAAUCUGGGGGAGAUGUUCCCUUCCCACAGGCACACACCCUUGGUCCCAAAAUAAGGGACCACAAAAUCAGCCAUUAGCAAUAGAAUGGCAGUGGGGUCGGACAGUCCCACAGCCAUAAACUUCAAUGUGGUGUUCAUGUCAUCGUGAUGCAGCAGCGCCUACUAAGCCACCCUGUGAAU